AUGUUCCUCCACCAAUUUGCUGUUCUUGAGCUACCUCCUUCAAUCAAACUCAACGUCAAACACAUUGAUUACACUUCCCAAACUGUUCAGCUCUAUGAUCCUCAUGGUUGCCUCUCUCUGCAUCUCCCUAGUCUCACUCUUCCUCCUCCUUCCCCUUUCCAGCUGCAAGCCAGCUUGUUUCUUGAUGAUGAUGAUGAUGAUGACUUCACUGUCUUCAAUUGCUCACAGCCGAAAAGCUCCGAGGACGUGAAAUUAAUCUCAACUUGCCAGCGCAGAUCUACCUAUCACGUAUAUGCCAUUUCAUCAAGUGCAUACAUCAGACAAUUUCAGUUGCUGUCUUGCACCAAAGUAUUUAACAUUUCAUCCGUCCCAGGGAAGAUAUUUAGAGAUGAUUACAGUCUUCAUCUGAAGUGGUCUAAUCCUAGGUGUAAACAUUGCGAAUCAUCGGGAAGAAGGUGCAGGUUCAAGAAUAGCAGCAUUAGUAAUGAAACUGCAUGCUUUGAAAUAGGUAUGAUCUGGUCUACUUUCUCAACAAAUCCAAAUGUCAGACCAUACCAUGGAUUCAUUCAUAUAAUUGUCGCUUCUAAUAGAUAUACAAAUUCACAUGAACAUGGAAAGCAUUAA